UAAAAGUGGGGUUUUUCUUCUCAAAGAUCGAGAGGAAAAAAUGGCGUCGUUCGUGAGGUCCGCCGCCACCUCCGCCGUUAGGGCGGUCGCCGGCCGCUCGAAGACUGCGCUUCCCAAAACUGUCCCGUUGAGGAGGGUCGCUGCUCCUUUCGUCUCCAGGCGCAUUAAUCCUGCUGUUGUGAGUUUGGAGUCGCUGAUGCCUCUCCACAGCGCCAUCGCUUCGGCACGGCUGAAAUCAUUCAUCGCUGUUGACUCCUCCUGUUGGAGUUGGCUCUCUCAAGGUUUACACAAGCGCAUCUGACCACGAAGAGAGGGAGAAUGUCAUUGCAUGCAAGAUUUUGACUCAUAGUUAAAAGCGCUGCUACGAUUCUAGUGAAUAAGUCACUCUUUUUGUAUUUUUAUGAUGUUUGGCAAUGGAAAACAUGUUUGUGGGAACAUGAGAAUGAUGUUCAUGAACACCUCUGUGGUCUUUUUGCCAUUAUUAGAAUCACUGAAGACCUCUAUUUUGUUUAUUUCUUUGGAUUCUUGUAUAUUUUCUCCUUCCUUGGAAGGAGUUUAUUCAAAUAUAUUGCCAUAUGCUUAUAAUAUUCUAGAAC